AUGAUUGUUGCAGGUUUUACUGGCCAACUUCGUGGCUGGUGGGAUAAUUAUUUGACUCUCGAAGAAAGGGCAAUGGUUAUUAAUGCUAAAGCCACUGACGAAGGAAUUGAUAACUUAGGCAUGGCUCUAGUGGCAAAUAGAGAGGAUGUCGUUUACACCCUUAUUCUUUCUAUAUUAGAACACUUCAAUGGUAGAUUUACCAACCAGCAUGAGACAGUUCGUACUCUCCUUAAUGGUCUUAGAUGUAGGACCUUAGGUGAAUUCAGAUGGUAUAAAGAUACCUUUAUGAGUAGGGUUAUGGAACUACCCGAAAAUAAAUUUGACCAUUGGAAAGCCAAGUUUAUAGAUGGCUUUCCCUCCUUAUUUGCUGAAAGAGUUAGAAACACUCUAAAAGGUAGUUUUGGUGAAAUCACGUACAACAAUUAUACCUAUGGUAAGUUGAUAGGAAUAUGCACACAAAAAGGAUUAAACUUGUGCAAUGAGUUAAAGUUAUCCAGACAGCUUAAGAUGGAUAAGCUUAAGGAAAAAUAUCAUUUAGGAGAUUUUUGUACCCAGUUCGGUCUACCAAAGAUUUCUACUCAUAUGAAGAAGAAACACAAGUAUCACAGAUACCCAAACUUAGAUAGUCCUUAUAAGAAAAAGAGAUCUAGAUAUAGAUCCAAAGAAGAGCGUGAUGCCAAGAAAGCCUAUCGUAAGGCUACUAGAUUUACCAAAAAUAGGUCUAAGCGAGAUCUUGCUGACAUUAAGUGUUACAAGUGUGGUAAAUUUGGCCAUAUAGCCCCGAAUUAUAAGCUUCAAAAGCUAAAAACCUUAGAACUAGACAAUGAGUUACGUGAUAAGGUUUAUGGUUUGUUAUACACUUCUGGAUCAGAAUCUGAUUAUUAUUAUUCUGAGUCAGAAUCCGAAGCUGAAAUAGAUUUACUUGAUUUAUCUAAUAGUGAUAAAAAUAUUGAUAAUACUUGUACUGCCUGCAAAGAACAUCCCAGUGCUUUUUGGAAUAGAAAAAAGCAUAUUGUCACUCUGCCUUAUGAAGAUAAUUUCUCUAAGGAUGAUAUUCCUACUAAAUCUCGACCUUGUCAGCUGAUCGCGAAAUUAGUGGAAUUCUGCAAAAAAGAGAUUGAUAAUUUGUCACAAAAGGGUUUGAUAAAACCCUCAAAAUCUCCUUGGUCUUGCACAGCUUUUUAUAUUAAUAACGCAACUGAAAAGGAACGUG